ACCAAACAACAUCGACCACUCACUGAGUUCAGUCAAUAAUAAUGGCCAAGUGGAGCAUUAUCGCCCUAGCCCUCAUCGGCUGUGCUGUUGCUGAGCCCCCAGUCGGCUACAGCUACUCCGCUCCGUCUUCCCUCGUGAUAGUCGGAGGACACGGCCACAGCUCCCCUCUGGCCAGUGGCGGCCACUACACCCCCGUGCCAGUCGGUCACCAAACCUCCGAGGGCUACCACAUCGACCCCCAUCUACUCGAAAAAAUCAGGCACAUCAUCCUUAAGGACGAGAUCCAAAACCAAGCCUACCAAUCAUCCAUCGGAGGCGGACAUGGUAGCGGACACGGAAUCUCAUCCCACUACGGUCCCCCCGCUCCCGUCUACGGCGUGCCCCAUGAGAGGAUCGUAGGAGUCGAACUCGAAACCCUCCAACAGGGCAUCCAAGUCGCUCAGUACCACCAGGCUGAGGAAGGUUACGCUGGUGGCUACGGUGGUGGCUACUCCGGCUACUCCGGCUAUGGCGGUGGAUACUCCAGCGGUGGACACUCCGGCGGUGGAUACUCCAGCGGCGGAUACUCCAGCGGUGGAUACUCCAGCGGCGGUCACGGCUCCAUCUCCUACAGCGCUCCCUCGUCCUCCUACACCACAAUCGGCGCGCCAUCAGGCUCCUACGGGGUCCCAUCCAUUUCAUCCUCAUAUGGCGCCCCUCACCAUUAAACGAAAACGAAUUCUUAGUCAUCUCAAUUCAUUUUAAUAUUAUAAAAAUCAUGUGAUCGAUAGACGUUAACUGUAUUAUAUUUGUUGUUAAUGUAAGUUUCUGUAAAUAAAACUACCUUUUGUAUAAAAAAAAAA